GACGACGACGACGACGGCGACGGCGACGACGGACGACGACGACGAGGGAAACGCUCCGUUUUGUAUCGCAGUCUUUUGUGGCGCGCGAUGAUAUAUAUUUUUUCUUUCUUUUUUCGAAGAGAUGCUUGUUGAAAAUUUAGUCGCGUGUAGGCACUUGUGUGAAACGACCGACGACGAUGCGGGAUUAAAAUUAAAUAGACGACACACAAAUUCCGUGAAUUAUUUUACUAGCGGCGGGUGCGGUAGCGGCGGCGGCGACGACGACGACGAUGAUGAUGACGAUGACGAUGACGAUGACGAUGACGACGAACAACGGCGACGACGACGGCGACGACGACGACGGUGGCGGUGUACUGAUGAUGAGGACGACGAGACAACGAUCCCGUGUCGCACGGUGUGAGAAAACGCCGGAUUUUGGUAUCGCAACCAAUCGAUCGAAUAAUAUUUCUUGGAUGUGAUUGGAACCUUCUCCGGAUGACCUCUCGAUGAGUCUUAGAAGCUAUUAUUACAAAAAGCCUGCGACAAUUUUUUUUGGUUCGCGUGAAGAUGCGGAACAUGCUGCGAAUUGUCAAUCAGCAAAAUUUUAUAAUUCUCCAAUCUUCUCGACUGAGAGAGUGCGUUGACGUUCUGGGCCAUAUAUCUACUUCGGAUCUACAACGUGGUUUGAAACACACCUAAGCCAGAGAGGCCAAACAGAGAGGAGCAAUCCACAUUGCCAUCCAGGAGGAGUGUCUGCCCCGAACAUGUGCGAAGCAUCGAGGCGAUGAUCCAGUAGCUGAAAAGAGAAGAUACUUUUCUCGACGACAAUACUUAAUGACCGCGUCGCGCAGGUUUAGUUUGUUUCCCACGUUAAUAUCGACGAUCCACACACCACGAGUGUGUAGACAGUGAGGAAGAUUUUUCUCAGGAGCCCCUCCUCUUUCCACACCGUCCUUCUCUCUCUCUUUAUUCUUCGACUCGCCUUGUCAUCUUCCCUCUCGCGCUCGCGCGACCACUACACACAUGCAUAAACAGCCGUGGCAUUAACAUGAGGCCGCAAGUAGAGACCCCCAGCGAGUCGGCGCUGUUUCCUCCACGCUUCUUCUUCGCACAAACUUGUUUCGUCGCGCUGAGAGAAAUUCUCCCUUUUCCGCAGAUAAAUAGGGGUGAACCUGUAUUGCAAGACAAUAAUACCACCGCCCGGUUCGAGAACGGCCGUGUGUAGCGUGUAUAGAAGAGUCUGAACGAAAGCAGGGAGAGAAGAGAGCGCGCGCGCACACACACACACACACACGGGAGAGAAGGAAGAACCCCUCUUCCUUGGAAGAGAGGAGAAGACCCCUUGGGGGGUCGUUGGACCAGGGCGCUAUAUGUGGAUUAUCAUAAUAAAAGCCGCCUAAAUGUUAUCUCGUAUUAAGUCAUACUUUUGUUUUCCUCUUAUGGCUCUGGGAACUUUGCCCGCCUAGCAAGGGAAGUGCAUUUUUUUUUUAUUUCAACGCUACAUACAUGCACUCGAAGAGAAAGAGAGAGAGAGAGAGGAACUACAGCCGGACGACGCAUCAGUUAACCCUCUCAGAAAAAGGGUGGGAUGAGUCGAAUUACACGAGACGAAAAAUUGCCAGAUGGAAAUUGUAAUAAGAAUCCGCGGGAGAGAGAGAUCGGACGACGACACGGAUUUGUGAUCGUCUCGAAUCGGGAGUUCCGCGCGGGAACUCGUUUUAGAGGUUAGCUCGGGAGCGCGGGAAUUUCGAAGAAACCUGCUCCCGAAAGAAUAUCGACGAGAGAGACCCGACGAAAGGUGACGAAACGUUUGGCCGGGAUGAGCGAAACGAUCAUUCUUGUUGAAAAUGUUUUAUUAAGUCUGAGCGAAUUUUAAUCGAAGACAAUCUAGCGGAUUAGAACCGAUGAAGCAACAUGGGGAACAACUCGAGCGAAUUUGCCAAUCACAGGUGAGCGAUGUGGAGAACACACCUGGAACGUUUUCUUCAAAGCUUGUCUGUGAUUGGUCAAUUCGCUUAUUGCUUGAAUUUUUGUCGCUUGUUUCCCAAGCCUUUACGUUCAUCGAAACUCAACGUUAACACCGCGACGUAACUUAGUCAGCGGUGACGUCAUAACUCAAGACUCUAGACAACGCGCACAACUGGGCGUGUUUACCUCGGAUGCGCGCGUGGUCAGCGCAAUCUCGCUCCCAAUAAAAACAAAUAAGGUCUAAGGCUUCCGUUAGCGGUGGUGUCACGUUCGAACGUCUAUGAAUUGGUUCUAACGACGAUAUCCCAAUUAGUAUCGGCACUUGUAGAAAAAUGGGUACGGAUUGUCACGCGACGACGCCGAUUGUCGUCGCCUGCUUGCUGCUGGGCGUUGCCGUGGUCGGCCAGUACGAGUGGCAGACUCGCGAUGCCUUCGACGACAUUCGCAUGCGAAUGGACAAAGUGAACGCGGAUAAUUGUCAGAUACAACGUCUCGAUAGUCUCUUCUUGCCCGAGGAUACGGUGUCGCAUUUGCCCAGGAUCGAAGAUAUCCACGUCAACCCGAUACUUCCGAAUCGUACAGCUCUGCUGCAUCUUCACAACAUGGCCCUCAACAGGGGCUUCUUUUGGAGCUACAUCUUACAGUCGCGAUUUAUUCGUCCGGCUAUCAACGACACCUACGAUCCUGGCAUGAUGUACUACUAUCUGUCUACGGUGGCCGAUGUCUCCGCAAAUCCCUACAUCAAUGCCUCCGCCAUCUACUUUGCGCCCAAUAUGUCCUACUCGCCGUCCUACAGAGGUUUCUUCAACAAGACCUUCCCUAGAUUUGCCCCACGCACUUUCAGAGCGGACGACUUCAACGAUCCUAUACACUUGGAAAGGAUAUCAACCAUGAACACGUUUAUUGCGAAAGACUUGGGAGCGUUUCCCGCUGCCACGCUCAGUUCCGAUUACACCACUGACUUGUAUCGCAUAAACAAAUGGUACAAGGCGUGGUUGCCGGACAAGGUGAACAAAAGACAUGACACUAAAACAACUUACAACGUCGAAAUUCGAUACGCCAAUAACACAAACGAAACGUUUUCCUUCCACGGCCCACCUGGCGACGAAGAGCUUUCGGGACCCGUGAGAUGGAUUCAACCCUACUUCGAUUGUGGCCGAUCGAACAAGUGGCUUGUGGCCGCUAUAGCGCCGAUAGUGGACAUCUAUCCGCGACACACGGGUUUCAGGCACAUCGAAUACCCAACAUACACCGCCAUCUCGGUAAUGGAAAUGGAUUUCGAGAGAAUAGACAUAAAUCAAUGUCCACUGGGCAAAGGGAACCCCGGUCCUAACAGAUUCGCCAAUACCACGAGAUGUAAACCCGACACAACUAUAUGCGAGCCGUUGCACGGUUGGGGAUUCAGAAGAGGCGGCUAUCAGUGCACGUGUAAACCGCGUCACAGACUGCCAACUGUCGUGAGACGACCCUAUCUCGGAGAAAUAGUGGAAAGAGCCACUCAAGAACAGUAUUACAACGGUUUUGAUUGCCUGAAGAUCGGCUGGAUUCAAAAGGACCCGGUGCUGUGGGAAAGAGCACCGCCGCACAUCAGAGAGAGAUAUCUCGAAGAGUAUUAUCAUUACAGAAAUUAUUCGACCGGUCCGGCCGCGUUUCGCGAUCCGAAAAUGAACAUCGACCAGGUUUUCAAAUUUAUGCAAAGUGUGACGGAAACAACAUGCAAGAAAUUUGCUCCGGAAGAUUUGAAAUUACGUGGCGACGUUAGUUACGGGGCGGAAGAGUUUUUCGAAAACGAGGCAAAGAUGGCGACUAGAUUGGCGAACUUUAUCAGCGCGUUCUUGCAAGUGUCAGAUCCGUUGGAAGUUUAUUCCGGCAAAAGAAUAGCCGACAAACCGCUCACGGAAGAUCAAAUGAUUGGGGAAACAUUGGCUCUGGUGGUCGGGGGUGGGUCGAAGAUAUUUUCCGCCGGCACAUUUUGGGAACGUAACAAAUUCACCAACAGAACGUUCUUCGCUCCGUACGCUUACAAGACCGAUCGAUAUACGCGUAAUUUGAAGAUCGAGGACUUGGCCAGACUCAAUAAAACAGAGGAACUGUACACGAACAACGUUUACUUCCAAACGUUAAAACAACGUUGGGCGACAAAUUUUGACGAAUUGGAGAAAUACUACAUAAAAAUACGCGAGAGAUUCAACGAGACCGGGGAGCAUUUGAAAAAAUAUGAACAUUAUCCAACGUAUUACAGGGCAGCGAAGCUAGAUCACGGAUACUGGACAACUCCGUACUUCGAUUGUAACGGCAAGGUGAAGAAGUGGUUAAUUACCUAUGCAUCCCCGUUUUUCGGCUGGGAUAGCUUGAAGGAGAAACUGGAAUUCAAAGGUGUUGUGGUUGUUACCAUGGACUUGGCUGAACUUCGUAUAAACCAAUGUGAUGACAAAUUUUACAAACCGAACGCGUUCAUGGGUACGCACAAGUGCGACAAAAAGACGUCAUAUUGUGAACCCAUUCUUGGAAAAAGAUUUGAGAUGGGUGGAUACAAAUGUAUGUGCAAGCAGGGAUUCGAAUAUCCAUUUGAAAGUCCAUUCACUUAUUUCGACGGACAAAUAGUUGAAGCAGAAUUUUUGAAUCUUGUCAAUGACAACGCGACGAGGUACGAUAUGUACAAGUGUAGAUUAGCUGGUGCUUCGUCAAAUGAAGCUACUUGGAUACUACUGUUAUCAGCGCUAAUAGCAUUUUUUCUAAUGCAAAGAAGAUGAAUACAAAAUGGUUGUAGUACAAAGCGUCCAGUUACUGAAUUUUUUUGUACUUUGUGACGAUAUAUCCGUCCAUUAAAUAUAAGAUAAAUUAUUUUUAGUGCAAAUAGAGAGACGUGUGUGCAAGUCAGGAGGGAUGUUAAUCUCAGAUUUUAUACAUACAUAUACAAUUUUUAUACAUGUUUCAACAAGCAAUAUUUAACCUACAAAAAUAGAGCUUAUCAAGUUAAGUUUCUUAUAUAAAUAAUUUUAAAAAUAUUUCUCAAUAAAUCGAGUGAGCGUCUUAUCUUGUACGUAGAGUGUUUACUGCCAAUAUUAUACUUCUGAUCUGAUUGCUACGGCUUAUAUUACGAUAAUGAAUUUAAACACAUAUACGACUAAGAUCUGAUACACGUAUUUGUUAAACGAUAUAUAAUUUUCUUUUUUAUAUUGAAAUAUUUUGUAUCUUUUACAUGUGAAAUAAAGAUGUUAUAUAUAUUAUAUAUACAACGCAGAAUUGUGCCAUGCCAAAGUGCUUUUGUAUAAUUUUAGUGAUUUUUUACCGAAAUAAAUUUGAUGAAAAAGA